GCGAAAGCAAGAGAGAUGGAAAAGACAGUGGCGAUAGAUAACAGCAGACAACCGUUCAGCUUUGUCAAGGAAACAGGUGUUCGGAAUUCAACUGUUGGUGAAACUAUCUCGGAUAAAGAUGGACAUAUCAUUCAGUCUCAAUCCAGGAGAUUGGAUCGGUGGAGAGAACACUUUAGGGAUCGGUUCAACUGGCAUUCAGCCUUACUUCAGCUUCCCAUGAUCUCCAGUCAACCUGGAUGGCAAGUUGAUGUAAGUCCUCCAACUCUUAACGAAGUUGUAAAAGCUAUAGGAAAUCUGAAGCGAGGGAGAGCAGCAGGUCCUAACAGGUUUACCCCUGAGAUUUUUAAGAAUGACGGUUCCAUACUGGCAGUGAGAUUGACUGAGUUCUUGGGUAGAAUCUGGGAACUGGACGUAAUUUCAUCUGACUGGUCUUAAUCACUGAUUGUUCCAGUCUAUAAGAUAGGACAAAAGUUCUUUUAUGACAAUCAAAGAUGAGUCGGUUUGACUAAUAUAGUGUCUAAAAUAUUAGCUUCAACAAUACUUGGAGUUGAACUUCUACCAGGAGAUUCCCUUGUUGACUUAGAAUACGCCGAC